AUGACGCCUGUUCCAGUGUUCUACAAAUUUCUAAAUACUGAGGAAAAUCGCCAUACGGCAGAUUAUAUUGCCCAGGAAUUUAAAAAUGUAAUUCAUGAAUUGAAUCCGGUAAAAGUAUAUUCUUUAGUUACUGAUAAUGCCGCUAACAUGAAAGCAGCCUGGAGAAUUCUAAAAUCUGAAUCUAUUUAUAAUCAUAUACAAUGUUAUGGUUUUGCAGCGCAUACAUUGCAGUUAUUCUUUCACGAUUUUGAACGAUUGAACGCCUUCAGUGACCAUAUUUCAAUAAUUAAAAAAAUUGUUAAAUUUUUCAAGAAUAAACACAUACCAGCUGCAGUAUUUUCCCGUAAUAAUAAUCUUCAUGGCAUACCAUCUACAUUAAGUACAAUUAGCCAAACAAGAUGGGCAUCGUCAAUAAAAUGUAUGGAACAAAUUCAAAUAUGCAAGAAAGCUCUAAAAGCAUCAGUUGUUGAAGAAGCUGUUUGUGAUAUUUGUCCCAUAGAAAUUACCAAUAAUAUAUUAAACGAAGAAUUUUGGACGCCUUUAGCUACCUCAAUGUUGAAAGUGCAAGGGGAUAAAUGUACUUUGGCCCAAGUAAAAAACGAGAUGCUUAAUUUGGAAAAACACAUAAUACAAUCAUGCCAUGAUUCUAUAUUUUCUCCAUCUCAAGAAAAAAAAAUUAAGGUUAUGUUUGAAAAGAGAAAAACUGAUCUAAAUACAUGUGCUCACAAUGCUGCUUAUUUAUUGGACCCCCAAUAUCAAGGGGAGCAUCUUACUAAUACUGAAUUUGAUGAAGCAUGUAAUAUAAUACAAGAAUUGGGUAUUUUACAAGGUGGUGAUAAUCAAAAUAUUUUGAGUAAUAUAGUAAAUUUCAGAAGGAAAAGCGGUAUAUUUAAUAGCCAUAAUAUGUGGAAAGUUGUAACUUCCAUAAGAAACAAUCAAAUUUCGGCCUCAAGCGGUAACAAACGGUUUUCCAAUCCGUUAGAAAAUAGAUACUUAAGACUGUAUUUUGAUAUCGAAGUUUGGAUAGCGACUCAAAAAGCAAUUACACAUGCCUGUUUAAACAUCAACAUUCAUCUUCAUGAGUCCCAAAUCUCCAGACAUCCCAAAAACAAAAAAAAAAUAACCCCACUUGAACAAAAAGCCUCAAAGAAAAUUGACAGUCUUAAUAUCAAAGGGGCCCUCAAACUCAUUUCAACCAAUGACACUCUGGCGGAAUCCAAUUUAGAUACCUUAAUUAUGCUUCGAUCAAAGCAUCCCACAACAACAUUUAUGCCAAUAUUGCCCCAACCCUACUCCCAUUGUGCAGCAGACUUCACACAGGAAGAAGUAAGGAAAGCAAUCCUAUCUUUUCAUCGGGAUUCGGUUCAUGGUCUAGAUGGGAUUAGACCAAUUUUUUUACAGGACAUUACCUCUCCUGUGAUCUGUACACAGGUUUCAAUUCUCACUAAAAUCACAAACUUAGUCAACAAAAUCCUAAAUGGAGAGGUACCCAGCUUUAUUACCCCCUUAAUCUUCGGUGCCAGACUCAUCGCACUCCAAAAACCAAACAAGGACAUUCGGCCCAUCGCCAUUGGUUCAACAUACCGUAGAUUGGUCGCUAAAUUAAUCGCAUCUAGAAUCAAACACGAUGCCGCACACAUUCUAAGCCCCUACCAACUUGGUGUAGGGAUACCUGGUGGGUGUGAAGCUGCUGUGCACUUAACAAGAAUUCACCUUGAAAAUAACCCAAAAAACGAAUCCCUAGUAAAAAUUGACUUCUCUAACGCCUACAACACUCUUUCGCACAACACGUUCCUACAUUCAACUUGCUUCCAUUUCCCCGAUUACACCAAAUUUCUUUUCUCUUGCUACCAAUCACCAACAAUCUUACAAUUCAACAAAGAAAAGAUACUUUCUGUCGAGGGUAUCCAACAGGGUGACCCUCUCGGAUCCCUUCUCUUUACUUUUGGAAUCAAUGACAUGAUAAAAUCAAUAAACUCUUUAUGUACUCUAUCGCUCCACGCUUGGUAUAUUGAUGAUGGAAUCUUGAGUGGUCCCUGUAGUGAAAUUACCAAAGCAGUCAACAUAAUUAAAGAAAUGGGCACAGCCAUUGGACUUUCGCUUAACCAGAGCAAAUCUGAAUUCUCACAUUUAAAUUCUAUGCUUCCAACACUCACGAUUUCAAAUUCACAACAAGCGAUUCUUUACGCACUUUGGUUAACACCAAUUUUCAAAUAUCCUAUUCCUCUCCAAACUUACGAAAAAGGAAUAAAGGACUUAACCGAAAAAAUAGUAAAUAUCAGAUUCAAUGAAACCGCUUGGGCCCAAGCAACUCUUCCAACCAAAUUUGGUGGUCUCGGAAUCAGAUCUCCACAUGACUUAGCAAUAACUACUUUCAUAUCGAGUAGUCUCUUGACAAAGCCAAUAACCACCGCCCAUAAUUCUAAAGAAGACCUUUCCUUAAUCGUGGCUAUGGAUAUUUGGAAAACAAGGAUCAAUGCUGAUUCUCAUCCCCCCACAACCCAUAGACAGAAAGACUGGGAUGCACCAGUGGUUGCUCGCUGCGUUGAAACUCUCUUAUCUAGCAUGCAAUCUACCGACUGCACCCUAUUCUCUUCCCUGCUCAAUGGUACAGGACAUGAGUUUCUUGAGGCCAUCCCAUCUACCAAUCUUCAGCUUCAACUAUCCAACAAUGAAUUUACCCACGCCAUCGGCAUUCGUCUAGAUUGUUCCAUCACUCACCCUCACAUCUGCUCAGGGUGCAACUCGCCAGUUAACUCGAAGGGUAGACAUAGUUUACAUUGUCGCUCCUGCAAUGGACGAUUCAUCAGACACAAGCAAUGUAAUACAAUCAUCCAACAUGCUCUGAAAUCCGCCCAAAUUCCUUCCACUUUAGAACCACAGGGUCUUUUUAGAUCUGACGGUAAACGUCCUGACGGGAUCUCUCAAAUCCCAUGGAGGAGAGGCCAACUUUUGGUAUGGGACUAUUCCUGUAUUGACCCCUUGGCCCCAUCCAACCAUGCCAUCAACAUCCUUGACCAGAAGGAACAACUUAAAACUUCUAAAUACACAGAAAUAAUGAACGAUCAUUGCUUCAUCCCAAUCAUAUCAACCACUCUUGGCACCUUCGGCAAACUCGCCUUAGCAUUUUUCAAAAACUUAGGAUCACAAAUCAGCAAACUCUCAGAAGAACCUCGAGAGGUUUCACAUAUGUUUUCUGCGUUACAAAAAAUUGGAAAGUUAAACCUCACUGGCUUAUAUUCAAAUAUAAAUGAUGAAAACAAAAAGCUGAUAUCGUAUGAAAAUGAUGUUUUUGAAGAUGAAUAUAAUAUUGAAAAAGCUUCAAUGCCUAUAGAUUUUCAAAUUUAUUUCAAACAUUUCUUUAUAAGUUUUUUAGAAAAUGAUAUAUUAUCAUUUGCAAAAAAAUAUGUAUUAAUAAUUUUUAAAAUAAAUUUAUCAAAAUCUACAAAACAUACUUACGAAUUUACUUAUCAAAGAAGUUUUGAGAGAGAACUUGGAUUUAUUACUUCACUAUUAGCUUUACCAAUAUAUAAAAGCGACGGAAAUCAUUGGACUGCUAUUUUUGUGGGUUUCGCUAGUGGUUACUUAAAGGUUAUAAAAGAUGAUGGAAAUGAUCUAUUUAUGUUGAAAUUCGAUGAGAUGCCAAUCGUUAAUAUCAAAAUUAACACGCGUUUUAACAACGAUAUACAUUCGCAACCAGUAGAAAACAAGAUUUCUUCACAAUCGCAACUGUUGAUUUUACACCAAAAUUGUAUCAUUACUAUCGAAGACUAUCACCUCUACCAAACUUUGCAAUUGGCAAAAUCUCGUUCCAACAAAGGCGAGUUGACUAUGUUUUUAACAGAACUGGCAAAUGACGAAAUACCACAUAGAAAAUUAUGGCUAAAAGGAAAUCAACAAAACAUCGACGACAUAGCUAUAUGUGGUCGGAACUUAUUAUCAACUUUCGAUCAAUUGCGAUUGAUAUCCUCUUACGAAGCAUUUCGAUCCGUAGUACCCCCAAGUGGUAAUUUUAAUUUAUACGUUAUCAGCGGAGAGAAACCUUAUCUAGGAUUUUACUACCUUGAAGAAGAUGAGACCGGAAAUCAGAUAUUAAACAAAAACAUCUCCAACCAAAUAGUUCUAGCCAAGUCAAAGAUCAAAGGCGGUAAAUUGGUGGCGAAUACAUCAAAGCUUGCCAACACCCUGAGUGAAGCGACCAAUAAAGUGAUAUCUCGUUUGACGCUCGGAAAUAUUUAUUUGAGAUUUGGAUUGAUGGACGUGUCUAGGAAAGGUACUAGAUUGUACAUCAGCCCGGACCUUAAAUACAUUGCCAUAUGUGAUAAUUUAGGCAGAAUAUCGAUUCUCGACGUACGCUUAUCUCACAUCAUUUAUAUGUUGAAGGGCUACAGAGAGGCGUUUUGUAGUUGGUGUCAUUGCCGAAAAGAUAAAAAUGUUACACAACGCGACAUUAAAAUAUAUCCAGCCAACACUAAUAUCGAAAAAUAUUUUUUAGUUCUAUACGCACCCAGACGCGGUUUAAUCGAAAUUUGGCACGUUGAUUCUAUUUUCAUACACAGAGUUGAGGCUUUAAAUGUUUGCAAAAAUGGCCAAUUGAUAAAGAUGCAUAAUUUUCAACUCGGGAUGGAAAAUAAGGAUAAUAACGGCCUUAAGAAUCAUUACUUAGAAUGCGUUCUCAUAGAACCUGACGGAAGUCUUAAAUCUAUCAACGUCGAUCCCGCAAGCUUAUUAAAGAAUAAUCACGUGACUGGGUUGAGUUCAAAGUUAAUCGCAACGUUAAAAGCGAAAAAUAUAGCCGAAAUGGUUAACUUUCUAAAUUCUUUUUCCAAUAUCGAAAGUUUAAAGCAAAUAUUUUUUUGUUUGAUGCAAAACUGUUCCUAUGUUAUGCCCGAUGAUGCCAUGUUAGAAAAGGUGUUUUCUAUCUUGUUGACUAAGAUUAAAACGUUAAAAGGCAAUAGUGAAAAAAGUGAAGAAUUCGAGAGUUUUAACCAAGAUGUCUCUCGAUAUUUCGGUUUAUAUCUUAUAAUGAAACGCGUUUUAAAUGAGAAAUCAGUUAUCAUUAGCAGCAUAUCAUCGCCCAAAAUUAAAUUCGACCGAAUGGCAAUGAAAACGCUACUCAAAACUCUUGAUCUGACUGAUAGGGACGAAAUUGUAGACAUUGUGUCAUUUUUACAAACAAUGCACCCUAAGAUGAUUAUUAAACAGAGCCUUAAAAAAUUAGACCGAGACUUUACUCGUUCUAUAAGGGACUUGAAUAACUUAUCGCAUUACCUUGCGCUAUCUCCUACUGCACACUACGAUAAUUUAUCGAACACGCACGUAAACUUGACCGAUCCAUUUGAUUUUGAUAACCACGGAAGUGCAUUCAUAUCUUUAACUGAAAAUCUAGCUUUAAAUAUUCUGGGGAAAUUUUUUAUGACAAAUUUCGCUCAUGAUAAAAAAGAUUUUAGCAAUCAAACAAAUGAGGAAACUCUGAGAAGUUUUUUACUAGGACAUAAUCUUGACCUCGAAGAAUUACCCAUAUGGAAAAAGAGAGUCGUAAUAUUGUAUUGGAUUUAUUGUGUUAAUCAACCUAUGGACUCAAUGGAUGUGUUAUCAUCAUGGAUUAAAAAUUACUUUUCACUUCAAGAAAUAACUGAAAUCGAAUAUAAAUAUUUAUUCAGUCAAUUGCGAAAAACCUCUCUCUUGAUGAACGGAUUCAUAUUUGCUAUUUUGUUAAUCGAGGAUUUUGACAAAUACAAUUCUAAGAUUAAUGUCAACGAAGUCAAACGUUUAGUAGAAAAAUAUUUAUUGUUAAUAUAUUUACAAUACCUACAAAUCUAUAUCUUCACCAACAACAAAGGCGACGAUCAAAGUAACAAAAUCGAAGAAAUCGAUUCCAAAUUAACUAUAAAAAAUUUAGAAAGUUGCAGAAACUCUUUAGCGUUUGUUGUGACCAAACUGUCGCGAUGGCUAGCAAUUUAUCAUAUACACCCCUCAAAACUCGUUAACCUAUCUUUAGGGUUACCCUUUGAUUUUGGCUCAGCGAACCGUUUAUUUUUGCCGCUCAAAACUUUGUCUGUCAAAAAAGUUAAACGUCCGGAUCCAGUUCUUGUCUAUUCCAAUCUAUUGGUUUAUGCUUGUAAAUCGACGUUACCAUUCUACAGCCAUAAAGACAACGAAUUCCUAGCUUGUAUAAUAAGGGAAAUUAUGUUAUAUUAUAUUGGCAGAAAUUAUUUUUUGAUGUGGUUAAAUGACGGAGAAUCGGAAAACUUGCCCAUUCCACUAAACCUGUCCUUCGAUUUUGAUGAGAAGCACGAUACUAAACUUUCUUAUUUAAUAAGAUGUUUGGUAUGCCACAUGUCCAUAGUUGAAUAUCCAAUUCUGUGCAUAAAUAUAUUAACAGAAUUAUGGAAAUCUCAUUUGUCUCGAUUACAUUUUACAUUUAUCACAUCUCUUGACAAUGUUAAUAUAUUAGACGACAAAUUUUGUCUUAAUUCUGUCGGGUUUAAUAGGAAAGAAUCGUCUACUAUCUUUGGAAUAAUAGGAAUAAUGUUACAUACCAUAUGCCAAUCAUGUGAAGACCAUAUAGAAAUUAAUGAUAAACAAGUAGAAACGGUAUCAAUAUUAACUGCCAUUGGUCUUAAAAUCGAAAUGGAUAUCGAUUCUGUACGAAUCAAGUUUUACAGGAAUCUAAGUUUCGUUAUACAAGCCUUGUCUUAUUUUGAUAUGGAGCUUAUUCAACCAAAAUAUUUAUUUCCUUCUAAAAUGUAUCAACUUUUAAACAUGAAAAAGAUCGAUUUUUCUGACGGGAAGAAAACAAUAUAUACAGAUGAUCUGCCUUUGACUCAAGAUAACGAUGAUUUAGCAUCUAACAUUAAUAAACAGUUCAUAAGACAGUUCAUAAAACAUUUGAUACCACUAAUAAAACCACCUUCCUCUACUCACAAUGAGGAAUACGAUUACUUAACUAGAAGUACAUCAUUGGUUGAAUUAUUCCUGAAAGAUUUCGAAUGGUCUUUCCAUCACUGGCUCCUAGUCUUUAACAAUGUAUGGUGCCAAGAUUGGUCUCCCUUCAUAAAUUCCCAGAAAAUGAUCCUUUAUUUGGUGUCCUAUGUUUACGCUAAAAACCAGGAUUUUGUAAUAGAUCAAAUUUUGAAAAUAUUUUCGGCAAACGAUCAACUCAUUACGUGUCACAUGAUGAACAUAGUAGGAAUUCGCGUAAUAAAUUAUUUAGAAGAUAUCGAUGACGCUACUUAUAACGCUUUGACUAAUAAAUUUAGUUUACAAAUUCAAAUGUGGCUUGAAUCGCUUGAUCCAACUUACGAAGAUAUUGAAGAUUUUAAUCCAUCAACAUUGCAAGAUAUAAUAGUUAUGUUGCGAAAGAUAAUUGAAAUAUUACCAGAAGGACAUAGCUCUAGUCAAAUGGCCUCUAGAUUAAUUCAAAUCUUUUAAAUAUUUUGUUUUUUUUCAUAUAAAUAUUUAUGGGACCAUAUGAUAUAUUUAUUUUAAAAAAUGUAUAUAUUUUUUUGUUUUAAUAUACCAAAUUCAAUAA